CUUUGACGUCAGCUGGAGGCAGAGCCUGUGGUUUCAGCCGCGCAGCCAAAGCUGUGUGAGAACCCAGUGGAUGCUGGAUUUAUCCCCGCCGCCGCCACUGCCGCUGCUGCUGUUUCUCAGGGGCUGCCAGAGCAUGGACUAUUAAAAACUUGCAUUUCUGCAGUGUGAGGUAAUACUUGGACACCAACAUGGGAAAGCAAAACAGCAAGCUACGCCCUGAAGUCAUGCAAGAUUUGCUAGAAAGUACAGACUUUACAGAACACGAGAUCCAGGAGUGGUACAAGGGCUUCUUGAGAGACUGCCCGAGUGGACACUUAUCCAUGGAGGAGUUUAAAAAAAUCUAUGGGAACUUUUUCCCUUAUGGGGACGCUUCUAAGUUUGCGGAACACGUAUUCCGCACUUUCGAUGCCAAUGGAGAUGGGACAAUAGAUUUCAGAGAAUUCAUCAUAGCCUUGAGCGUAACAUCAAGAGGUAAACUGGAGCAGAAGCUGAAGUGGGCAUUCAGCAUGUAUGAUCUCGAUGGGAACGGCUACAUCAGUAAGUCAGAGAUGCUGGAAAUCGUACAGGCAAUCUAUAAGAUGGUUUCUUCUGUAAUGAAGAUGCCAGAAGAUGAGUCAACACCAGAGAAAAGGACAGAGAAGAUCUUCCGCCAGAUGGACACCAACCGUGAUGGAAAACUCUCCCUAGAAGAGUUCAUCCGAGGCGCCAAGAGUGACCCAUCAAUAGUGAGACUCCUGCAGUGUGAUCCCAGCAGCGCCGGGCAAUUCUGAACCCAGUCUUUGGAAGAAUUAUGUAUCCGCUUUUUUUUUUCCUUGCCAAACAACAUUCAUGGUAGUGUUGCCUCUGUAUGGCCAAUUAUGCCUUCUUUUGUGGCAUCUUAUAGCUUCUUUUGUUGUGGAUUAAUUAUAAGAAUGCUGAAUUGCUCUUUACAAUUUGUCCAGAGCACGAGCAGUACUGUUUUAAACAGAUAUUGUGGUGUUAUCAUUGUUUUAAAGAUUUUUUUUUUUUAACGUGUCUGUUUUGGAAAGUACACUUGAGAAGGACAAAACCAACAACAAACCCUUGGCAACAAGACAUAAUGACAGGUUUUGGGUUGCUGCUUAGUAGCUGAGUAUUCACCCAGAGGACCUGAAAGUGUAGCAGAGAUUGAAGCAAGAGGGUUAUGAUGGGGUAGGACUCUCCUGGGAUCGCCUCUCCUGCCCAGGAGGCACCAGUGAAGCUCAAAGACAGGAUGAUGAAUGUGCACGACUGGUGAGGGCUGCACUGUCUGCACCCCUGCACCUACGCUUCAUUGUUUCAAUGCUGUGAACAUUUUCAAUGUUGUAAAGGAGAAGGAGGAGAAAAAAAAUAAUGCAAUCAACAGUUUUUACUUGGUUUACAGCGGCUCAUUUCACAUGGCUUUAUCUGAAAAUCCAGCAAUUUGCAGUCCUGAUCCCAAAAUCCACAACUGACGAUACCUCUUGCCAUUUGGGGUCAGCAAAGGCAGACAUGGAUAUUAAAAACUGGGUAUUGACAACGAAUUUAAGGGAGAUACAUGUUGAAUGUGAAAUGUUCAGGUUAGUAAUAAAGUAGUUUCUGCUAAGGAGAGCGGGCAUUCAGCCAAGGAACUGAUGUACACCUGCGAGCGGCUAGAACCGAAGAAAACCAGCUAUUUGGAAUGUUCUCGUGUAGCACGACAUUCUGGGGGUGUUUUUGUCUCUCUCCACAUAGCUAAUGCAGUUUCCAGGCCUGCUCCUUGGGGAGGGCUGUCAUCAAAACUUGUUUUAAGCAUAAAAUUGUAGCAUUUAUAUUUCCUUCAUUUCAGUGAAGUUCAAAAGUCUGUACUAAAACAAGGAAAUGGUACGCUUUAUGGUAUAUUUAUAUAUAUAAAAAUUAAAACAAAACAACAACAAAAAAAGAUCAGCUCUGAGAGAAAUGUUGAAUGUUUAUCUUUUCGCCUAGAUGCAGGAGUUCUGAAAUUUGCUGCUGCAAACCUUUAUCCUUCGGUCAGAGUUGCUGCUUUCCAAGCUAGGACGCAGACAUGGGAUUUCUUGGUAACUGUACAAGUGCUGCUGCAACAGAAAGGCUUUAGUGACUGGAGGCAUUAUGCUGACUAAAUUGGCGUUAAUCUGUCAUUAGCUGAAGGCUGUUCUGUGAUCCUGCUGGCGAGGUGUCCAUGUGGGCAACGCGCAGCCAUGGGGAGCCGAGAGCUUGGCAGUGUGACCUUUGCCUGACAGGCAAGGUUGGCGUUUUGUCAAGUGACCUUGUAGAUGCUAAUCCCAGUAGCCUUAAUUUAAAAUAAACUAAGUAAAAUAAGUCUGCUCUGCAGAUGAUGAUUCACUAACUAGAAGUCAUGAAAAAGUAGCAGUGUGAAUAAUUUUUUGUUGAACACUAGGUAGCAUAUACAACUAAGAGAGAAGAAAUUCCGAGGCUUAAUUUCUCAUGAUCAUUUCCUUUGCCAGGUUGAAUAUGCAAAGCAUAUUACAAUAAAAUGAAAAUAAAUUAAAAAUGGCAUUGCUAAUCAGUUGUACCAAAACGAUUGUGAGUGGCUAAUUACACUCAGUAAAUAUGUUCAGGCACACACCUUUGUCUCUAAGGACUGCAGAAAGCCAACCGAAAGUUUAUUGCCGUGGCACUAAUUAAAAUCCUGAGCAGAGGGGUGUGGGGAAAAGUGAGAAGGUAGAAGCACACAGGUGCACAGACACGAACAGCUUGCAAUACUUAGUGCUUCCAGCUGUUCUGAGCAUCACAGGCACAUUUUGCACUGAUUCUUACAGUUGAUGAAAAUGUUCCUUAGCUCUUGCUCUCUGACCCUCAUCAGAUACCCUGUGAACAAAUCUCACCCUGCAAAGGAGACCCUGAGCCUCCCUUUCCCUAGGAGAAACCUGUGUCUGUCACCUCCCCACUGCUGCCAUGAGCAGAGAUUCUACAGAGCACCUCCAGGCUCAGUGCAGGCCUCCAGCUCCCCAGCAGCCCAGGCCCACAGAAGCUGGCAUUUGCUGGGGAUGAAUUUGAAAAUGUGACUGUAACUUUUAAAACUUUGCCUCUUAUUUAAGUGUCUGCAUUCCAUCUCUUUUCAGUUUCCUGAGACGUUUCUGGCCCAGAACCUCAUCUCAGUUUGGUUUUCUUGGUAGUUUGGAAAUUUCACGUGUUGGUGCUGUACAGAGUGUGUGUGAGAGCACAGCCUGCAGUGUGACCGCAGACCAGUGGAGAUGUAAUGCUUUCCACAGCUCACGAGGUCUGGAAGAGUGAGAGGUAGCUUACAGCUGCAGAGAACUUAGCUGGAGAUGAAAGUAUUGUAUAAACAUUUACAGACUGAACUAAAGUUAUUCUUUUACCUGACUACUGCUGAUGAUUGGUACUGUUUUAAACUAUUUACUGUCCCUUUCUUUCCCUGCAUCUGCGUGUACUUUCAAAGUGAGCAGUAGCUGAACUGGUUAUGGGAGCAUCUGCAGGCCUCAGAGCAGCAAAACUGCGGUGCUGCACACAGCAUUGGGGCUUUCUGCUUUGCUGCCAUUAACGUUUGCAGUCAUUACUGCUUUUACAACCCUUUUGAAAACAAAAUGACACACCCCAUAUAAGAUAACACAGCAAGAUAGAUGCUUUCAAGAGAUAAGUUAAAAAUACUUCUGGACAGGAAGGCUAGCAGACUGUAUGUGCUAUUGCAUGUCACCUCUCAGUUUUGUAGACACAUUGUCUAAUAGUAUUUGUGUGUGGAAAAGGUAACCUUCACUCGUGCAUCAUCCAAAUGAGUUAAUGAGUACUUUCAGCUUCUAGACUCUAUCCACAGAAAACGCCAGUCCCAUUUUUUCAGCAUUCCCAACUUGCCAAGUUCUGGGCCAGAAGAUGCCAAGCAAAGUCCAUGGCUUGUGUUACUUGCAGCCCUUGUAAAACCAGCAUGUGUGUGUUGUGAGCUUGAGAGGGGCCAAGGAAAGAUCUGUUCUGACAUUAUUUGGAGACCUUUGAGUUCAAAGCAGUGAAUGUUUCUGUGCUGUUCUUCUUAGCAGCUUUUAGGAUUUUUACGUUAUUGCUGAGGCAUUAUGUCCUGUGUUGGUCUCUGCUAGAAAGCAUGACGUCCCCAUUUUCAGGAUGCUGCAGCUUAAAACACUAAGCCAGAAGUGCAUGGCUCCUGUGGCUGGAAGAGGUCUGUGUGCAGAAGCAGUGCCCGGGGGCACACAACGUGCUCACCCAUCCCCAGCCCCCAUGAGCUGAGCUGUGCCCUUCUUGCUGAUGGAAAACGUGUAACGCUGGGGCUUAGCCUGGUUUUCUUGUACAGCAGACUAAGUUAAGUCGUAUUACUUUGCAUUUGCCAUGGGCUGAAAGCACAUGGAUGGGCAGAAGCCUGGGCUAAGCUGACUCAUGGAAACUCAGUGAGCGGUGGUAACCUGAUGUAGAGCCCUAAUCCACAGACUGAGCUGAGCUGAGCAUGUGGCUGCUGGCCACGCACCGCUCAGUACAUGUGAGCAGGGCAGCACGGUGACAAGUGGCAGGUUCCCAAGGACACGUGGCUGUGGGAAGGGAACCCCCACAUGCAGCAAUGUAGCACAGUUGGGAUAAAGGGAGCACCCUCCUAAAGUUUCCUUUUGAAGCUUGGUGAAGGGAUGUGAAGUAAAAUGAGCUGACAGAGGGCUGGGUGAGACCUGUCCCCAGUGCCGCCCUGCCAGCACCUCCUUGUGUUUCUCUCACGGUGCUGCUUAGGUUUCAUUCAACCAGGCAGUUUUCAGGCUCAGGAAUUUGUUGUCCAGGAACUGGUGCAAGGCCAGUGGAGAAGAACAUUCUACCUGCCAUUUGCACAACUACUCAGACGUGUGUCAUACUGGGUGCGAUCUCAUGUAGGAGUGUGGAAGUGGAGGAAGGCAGUUUCCUUGGUAUCACAGGCAGAACAUGCGUUCAGAAACACAGAGAAACUUGGCAAGCUCCAUGCAGCUGAGCAGUGCUCCGAGUUUUCCACUGACUGUGCAGCAGGCAGACAGGGUAUAGAGCAGCGGCACGCCAGCCCCACAGCUCUGAGAUAGGGCUACCACAGCAUCUUCUAACUGAGCAGCUCUGUCGUGUGCAUGCAGUCGGAGGUACUAGCAAAAUACUCUUUGAGCACCUCUAGCAUGAAUGUGCAGCUGCAGAAGCAGAGUAGCUCUGCUCUUCCUUGCAUGGCAGCAGCCAAGCUGUUCACUGUGCCCCAGUUAGGAAACGCCAUAUGCUCCUCCUGGGAGCUGUUGGUUCCAUUUCUAAGUAUAACUGCGGGCAAACUUUCCAGACAGGAGCUUUCCUCUUGGCCGUGGUGGACGAGGGGGAAACUCCAUUUAACUCUCAGAGCUGGGGUUACAGUCUGCAGGCAAGUGAAGGUGAGAACAGCUGUUUCAGGUGCGUUGAAGAAAAAAGGGGCUGUAGAUUGGUGUGGAAGGCACUGACAUUAGGAAUCAGGAUCAUCACUGGAGUGGUUAUUAGAUCCUUCUUGCAUUGAGACCAGAAAAACAAAGUCAGAUGUGAAGGGACCUCCUUGUCCUUUGCAGAACUCAUCCCUGGUUACACUGGGUGUCUCAGCUGGCAACAUCCCUUGCUCCAGCCUCAUUCUUGUUGCUGUUGGUUCUAAAUUCUUCAUACCAAGAUAGGUAUUGUUUCAGGGAUAGGGAUUUUCACAGCAUGAGAAACGCUUUCCAUACCUUAACCAGAACCAGCCAGGCAAGCCAGACGUGAGAGGCUUCUGGGAAUACAUAGGUCAGAUCUCCUCAUGGCUCCCACACAUUGCUAUUUAAUGCAUAAUUGGAAUCAAGAUAUCAUCUGUAAAAUGUUGGCUAGUGCACAAGAAGCAAGGGAAAAAAUACAGAACUUGGAUUGUCGUGAGAAAUGUGCAAAGACAAGAGCAGUGACAAACAGUGAGUUGCAUCACUACCUUUAGACCUGGUCUGAAGCCCAGGGCGGAGCUCCCCCUUAGCUACAGGCAGCACAGAAGAGCUCCUCUGUCCUUUCCAGCCCACAGGACCACCUGGGCCCCAGGUCACCACAAGCUGAGGCUAGAGACUUGCAGUCUAGGCAUAAGGAUGCCAUCUGGUACCCUUCCCGUUGCAUUCACUUGCUGCAUGGCUCAGACACAGCUGAGGUCCUCCCCUCUUGCCCUGAUCUAGUGGCAGAGAUGCUCCCACCCUCCUGGGACAGGCACUCAGGCUCUGAGCCUUGCCCCAUCUCUCAGCUGCCAUUCCCACCCUCUCUCUACAAAUGAAUAACAAACAUGUGCCUAUGGCAGCCAUAGGAGCCAGGCUUAACUCAGAUAGAACGGCUUCUGUUUGUUUCCCAGCCUCUGGCCCUCCUGCAUGCACCUUGCCAACUACACUGUUUAUUUACUCUUAUUAAGUAGUGGUGGUAUUAAACAUUUCAAGAACACGCCGCACUCUGGAACAAUGUGGUUCUCACUACCAUUGAUGUGUUUGCUGAGGCACUGCAGGCUGAACCUGACCAGCGAUUGCCUUCUGCUCACAUGGCUUAUUCCACAGAGGGCUGAUUUCUCCCAACAGGAACAGUGUCUUCCCAUGCGUCACCGUGCAGCAUGCGGUGCCCUGAUGCUGCCUGGAGCAUCCAGAUGCUGUGGUCCAAGAGAUAAUUUUGGCAAAAUAGAAUAAGGUCAGGCAGAAACUCUUCCUGCCGCCUGUCCAAAGCAUGUAUUGAGGGUGCAACCUCUGCUCCUUUGCUUGCCAGGACUGGGGCUGAGCAGUAUUCAGGGCUGGCCUCACAUUCCCCCACUGAAUGGGAUGAUGGCGAUUCGUAAACCCACCUGAGAAAAUCCUCUUAAAUUCUUAUCUUCGAUGGUGUUGUUAAUUGGCGGCACUUAGAGGGAAGAUUAAUGGAUCCCACACUGCUGCCUGGGGAAGAACUCGGAGUUCCUUGCCACCAGCACCACCUUUUCAUUCCCUACCAUGAACUCCUUCCUGUUUCCAGGACAACCAAGCAGUUUUUAUUAGGAUCUGAAAGAAAAGGCUAACAAACAAAUAACCCCCCCGAAACCAAACCCCAGUUUCGAUGUGAUGAGGGUCUGAGGAAGCUGACUAAUGCCAUUGCACAGCAUGUCAGCCAUCAGAGUGCUCUGCAAGAUCAUGUUUCUGUGGCAUUUUCUGGUUGAUUUCCUUAUUCAUCUUUCAGUUGUUUUCUUGCUUUAUUAUUUAUUUUGGAACCUCCUCGAUUCAGCCUGCUAUCACUCAGCCCCUACACUGGCAGAAAUCUUGGUGCCAGAGCAUUACGAGCAAGGUGGGCUCGCAGUGCCUACUAAAAAUGAAGUGCUUAGUGAAGUUAGGGAUUAUUUUUGUUGGCACGUUUCCUGCAAGCAGACUGAGUUGCAUUUCAAUAUACUUAUUUCUAUCACUUGCUCACUCCAAUUCCAUCCACACACUCUGGUAGUUUCUAUUUGUGUAUUCAGUGCUAUUUUGCACUUGAACCCAAGGUGACUGCUGUGAGUACGUUCUGACAGAAGCACUUGAUCUCCUGAUUUUUAAAUAUUGCUCAGUGAAUAACAAAAUAGAUGGAAAACAAAACAGAUGUAGAUUUGACUGUGUACAUUUGGACAAAUAAGUCUGAUGCUGCAGAGGUUAAUGAGUGGCCAAUAGCUGAAUGAGUCCAAGUGUCCCAUUCCCCAUUGAGUUCAUGGCCAUUCCAUGGGGAGAGCUCUCUCACCACUGCCCCCAGGCUGCUCCUGCACAGCAGCAUAGAGCAGAGGUACCAAACCCAACUUUAAAUAAGCUGCCACGGGCAGACUCACUGCAGCAGCACAGAGUUCAGCACGUCCUGUGUCUUGGCAAAAUCAAAUACCUCUCUAGAAUUCUUUGUAAGCAAACCUACAUAUCCUAAGAAAGACUUUUGCAACUCAGAAAGGAGAGGGACAACUAUGAGUGAAAUGAAUUUGGUUCACAUCAUUUUCAUAUGGCUGUCUCAAACGGUUUGUGCCCCACGUGUGGUUGCCUAUAGCUAUUGUGAUGUUCUCACUUCUCUCUCCACUUCUGUCGUGUUUUCCUGCGGUGAUGCUCUGAGACUCCAGCCGAUGCUCACUGGGCAGCACCGCCGAAGGGACACCUGGCAGUGGUACCUGCAGGAAGGCUGCAGGCAGCACUCGGGGUUUGUCUCUGUGCCGUUGCAUGCUGUAGGAAGGUGUACUCGCAGUGACAUGUGAACCCCACCCCCACAAGGAGAGCAGAUGACCAAGUCAUAGGAGGAGACCGUGUGGCAGAAGGCUGUGUCUGUGUUUGUGGCCCAGCACGCACCCCGUCCCCGCUGCUCGCUGCCAGCUAGGACUCGUCUGAAUUUUCAGUGUCACAGCAAAGUUUUCUUACGCUGAAACGUAUUUGCAUCAUGCAACUUCCUCAGAAAAAUGCCCAAAAGAUGAUCUCUCUCUGACUGCCCUCUCCUCUCGAGAAGCUCUUCUCGUCUGUACAUAUGAUAUGCAGAAUGUAUGGAAGUCUUUCCAGCGUUGGUUUGCAUUUUUAAGACUGUACUAAUUAAUGUGUGAUAUUAUUGUGUUUUUGUAGUGGCAUCUUUGAUGUAAGAUGUAAAAAGUAUUGAAAAUGAUUUUUUCUGUUCUUGUUUGGCUUUUAGAGCUAGCACCAAGGACUGCAUGCUCACUAGGAACAGCCUUUCCAAGGGCUGUAACUGCACACAGCGCCGUUGUUUGACGUGUAGUACCACGUUCCCAUUUUCACAGGGGUCAGUUCUGAGUGGAAACUUCCCGAAAAGUCUGAGCUUCUGGCUUUCUCUCUCUCUCAGACUCGAGCUUUUGAUUCACAGGCAGAUGUGAGACCCACACGGCGGUCCCCAGCCCUUGUCCCUCCCAGCAGCACCCAGCCCCGCUGCCGUCACCUCCAGUUGGGUUGACACAGUUGGCUGCAUCGGGACAACAGUUGGGACUAAAAUUGCAAUGUAGUUACAUGUUAGCCUGAGCCGCAAGUGUGAGGUCAGAAUCCCAUUGGGGUGCUUACCAUAGAGUUUGGGGUCGGUUCCUGUGGGAUAGGGCCAUCUGAGGGCUCUGAUCCACAUUUCUAGGCAGGCUCAGAGGGCCUUGUGCCCAUCCUGCAGGUAGGGCUGGCUCUGAGAGAGAUGCUUCUCCCAAUUGUGUCCUGGGCCAAAAGGCAAGACAUGCUGCAGCUUACUGAUCCCUUUUCCUUUCUUUUUUAACUUUAUGAAGGAGAAAGCAGCUCAGACUGCACCUGACAAAGUGACUGACUUCAAAGCAUGUUUUUCUUCAUUAUAUAGACACUCACAAAACAGCAUUGUGUGGUUAAAAGGCGCGUUUGUGAUAGUUUCUUUUCCAGUGCCAAAAUAUAUAAGCAGUAUUGUUUGAAGGGAAAUAAUAAGAAUUUUUUUACUGUAUUGUUAUUACUGUUGAACAAAUAUUGUUUUUAAAUGUUAGAUUUUGAAGAAUUUUGUAUUGUAAACUGUUCUGUGACAUGGUGCUUUUUCAUACUGGAACUAUUGAUUGCACCUAAAUAUGAAUUAUUUUGUUUUCUUAUAUAAAUAUGUUACCUUGAACAAUCUCAAUGACAACCAACGUACGGUGGAUACUGAAGGUUCACGCAAGUUCUCCUACUGAAAUCCCCUAAGUGUUCUUUCCUACUAAUAAAUAUUCUGCUGCAGCCA